AUGAAAAUUUUUGUUGAUCGUUUGGAGGCAUGGGUAAGUUUUUCAUAUUAUUCUAAACUAGUCUUUAAUUGGUGAAAACGUACGUAUAUUAUACAAGCAAUACUGACAUACUAAAACAUAGUUGUACAUUCAGUGGAGCAAGUAAUGUAGCUCAUAGUAAUCCUUAUGCUUUAAAAACCAAAUCUCAACUCAAUUUUAUCGUAUUAGCCACACAAAAAGUCAGAAGAAUUGAGAUUUCAGAUGUGGUACCGCAUAAUAGAGCAUGUAACAGGAAUGGAGGAUACUUGUUCUUUGGCUAUGGUAAACAAAUAUUUUUACAAACUUGUCAAGAUGGGCUUCAAAAAAUUAUGUUCCGACCAUGCGGCGUAUCGUCUUGAAGGCGCGACCUGGGCAUCUGCCUUCUCGGAGUAG